UUUUUUUGGCGUUUCCGUGCUUCGUAGGUUUUAUGUCUAAUUAGUCUAUACCCACUUCAUCAUUAUUGUAGUUGAAAAUAAUAUUAUCCUUUUUUUUCAAUUUAUUUUUAUUUAAAUUACUAUAUUUUGGGAGUUGAUUUGGGUUUUUUUUAGGGAGGGAGCAGGGUAGAAAAGAGCAAUAGUUUAAUGGCAUAACAAAAUUUAGUUUGAUUGAAUAUAUUUUAUGAGUUUGAUUGAACAAGAAUAUGGGAAAUUUUAUUUAUUUAUUUGAAUUCUGGAGGUUGAGGAAAUGUAGGUGGUGGUUUUUUUCAUGAGAAAUGUACUAGGUUAAAUCUGAACCACCAUGCCUUCAGAACUUUGAUGAUUAACAAGGCCUCAAUACCGUUGAACCUCGUGAACCAUUCUUCCUAACUUCGUAAGCUUUUGUUUGUAACCAAUUUAUGUUAGGAUGGAAAACUAUGAAAAUGGGGCUUCUCUCCCUCCCCCAGGGCGCGUGCCCCUCCUUCCCUUACACAGGGACAAACCUGAUAUUUGCAUGCGUUUUUGGGUGAAUUGAAGUUCAUAAGUUGGGUGAGAAGUCUAAGAGAUGAUGUGUUUCAAGCUUUGCUUAAGGAAACCCGCCGCAAAAUUAUCUGGGUCAUUGCUGCAAAGUGAAGCGUAUAUCAAGUCUAUUUAGGACGCCGAUCCUCUCUCUCUCUCUCUCUCUCCCUAUUUCGUGACAGUUCACUCAAGAUAAGAAUGCUUUCGACUCAAAAAAUUGCUAAGAGAUUUGUGUGUUUUUGGCCUCGAGGAGCUAGACAUGUUUAUGGUGCUCAUCAAAAUAUCAAUAGCCAUACUCAAUCAAUUGGUCCUUUCUUUUGCACUUUUUCGGAGUCACCAAAUGCUGAUACCCUCAAUGUUGUUGAGUCACCAGAGCUUCCUAAUUGGGUUAAGUUUUGUGAACAUGAAAACCCUUCUGUUGUAGAAGCAGAUGAUGAUUUUGUUUUACCCAAAAUUUCCAUAUUGGCCGACACCCAAAAGCUACAUGCUGAUCAUGGUAAGCAUGUCAAACGCAUGGUAGGUGAAAUUGUGGAUAGUGACGUCAAUAAGUUGGCAGAAGUUUUGAAGAGAUUGUUUGAGUCUCCCACUGCUGUUGGCUAUGCCCUUGCUGAGUACAAUCGAAUUGAUUUAUCCGAGAGCUUGGUUGAAAAGAUUUUGCUGAAAUUUUGUAAUGACUGGAUCCCUGCAUUUGGGUUUUUCAAAUGGGCCAAAGGUCAAACUGAUUUUAUGCCUUCAGAGAACUGUUACAAUUUGAUGGUUGAUAUACUGGGGAAGUUAAAGAAAUUUGAAUUAAUGUGGGAGUUGCUCGAGGAGAUGCAUAAGUUGGGAGGGUUAGUUUCAAUUGUCACAAUGAGUAAAGUUAUCAGAAGACUUUGUAGAGCUCGGAAAUGUGAUGAUGCUGUUGAGGCAUUUAAGAAAUUUGAGCACUUUGGCCUGAUUAAAGACACUUCAGCAAUGAACAUACUAAUGGAUUCUUUGGUGAAAGAAAGGGAUGUUGAGCGGGCUCAAAAUAUAUUUUUGGAGUAUAAGGAUGAAAUAGCCCUGAACAGUCGCACUUUCAAUAUCUUGAUUCAUGGUUGGUGUAAAGCCAAGAAAUAUAACGAAGCAAGAAAAGUAAUGGAAGAGAUGGAAAAACAUGGUUGUCUUCCUGACGUGGCAUCAUAUACUUGUUUUGUUGAGUCAUAUUGCCAAGCAAAAGAUUUCAGGAAGGUUGAUGAGAUUUUGAAUGAAAUGCAGCAAAAAGGUUGUCCCCCUAAUACAGUGACUUAUACUAUUGUGAUGCUUGCUUUGGGGAAAGCCAAAGAAAUAAAUGAAUCCUUGGAGAUCUAUGAGAAGAUGAAGCAAAAUUGCUGCGUUCCUGAUGUUGGGUUCUACAGUGCCUUGAUUUUCAUCAUGAGCACUUCUGGAAGGUUUAAGGAUGCUUGUGAUAUUUUCAAUGAUAUGCCAAAGCAGAAUGUUGCUCCUGAUGUCUUGACAUACAAUACCAUGAUCUCUGCUGCUUGUCAUCAUUCAAAAGAAGAAUAUGCUCUGGAAUUACUCAAAGAAAUGGAGGAGAAAUCUUGUACAUCCAAUGUUACGACUUAUACACCAUUGCUGAAAAUGUGCUGUGUGAAGAAGAGAAUGAAGGUGCUCAAGUAUUUGAUAGAUGACAUGUUUUUGAAAAAUGUUAGUGUUGACUUCUCAACAUAUUGCCUUCUGGUGGAUGGGUUAUGUAAGAGUGGGAAACUGGAGCAUGCAUGUUCCUUCUUUGAACUAAUGGUCUUAAAAGGAAUGGUUCCUGGGGAUAACAGAUACCUGUCGUUGAUUAAAAAACUUGAGCAGAAAGGCAUGACGAAAGCAAAGCAGCAGAUUGAAAGCUUAAUGUCAAAGGCAAAAUUAUCACCCGCUUAGUAGGACUUAUGGUCAAAGAUGAUGGUUGCAAUUGUGACGAAGGUGGUAGAGUUUAUAGCGGAACUCUUUCUAAGUUCCCACUUUCUGCUUUUUUUGUGUAUUAUAACAUGAUUACAUGACACAUAUCACUAGUUCUUGAUAUUCGGUUGCCGAAGAAGCGUUGCAAAAUGGAGAAUCUGAGCUUGAAGUGAUUUGGUCGUUAGAAAGGAUUUUUGUUUUUGUGUCUUAUUGAAGACUGUGCCUCUGUUGUUGAAACCAGAUUGAUCUAAGCAAUACUCGUGUUCCAUUUUGGGCAUCUUUCAAUGUCGAAAAGGCCAGUUCAAUGGAAUGAUCAGGUAGAUCUUGUGUCAUCAGAUGAUGAAGCAGCAGAUAUGGAGGCAGAUGGUGGUUCUUCUGGGCAAAAGCAAACAACAUAUGUUUUUAACUAUCAGCCUGCCGAUGAAAAACCUUCUGAAGAUAGAAUGGUGAGAAGGGCAAAGAUGUAUCAGGAGUACAUGAAGAAGGUCCCCGUUCCAUGUCAACGUGGCUCAAUCAUUCUAUGUAAUUCGUGGAUGGGAUUGGCGAAAUCAAUAAAGGAGCUAUAUGGGCAGCCACUACACUACCUGACAAACAUUCUCCUAAAACAGUGGGACCAAGCGAGAUUUGAAACCGGUGAAGAUUACCAGCCGUUGGACACCAUUAUUCAUCCUCUUAAAGCAGAAGCAACCAUCUGGUUCGUGGAGGAUGUCCAUCGCCGCACAGCUUCAUACCAUCAAUUGUCAAAACUCUGGCUGGGAGAUCCAGUGCACCAUGCUUUCAUAGAUCCUAUCUUCCCUAAAAUAUGACAAUAAUUAGUCUGUUUCUUUCUCAGUCCUCUUUUGGGUGUAUGCCGUGAAUUUUGUCCUGUAAAUUAAUGGUGGAUUCUCUGUACUGAAUUCGGCGGGAACAAGUGUAUGAAGCUUGCAGACUUACUAAUCCAAGUGAUAUGCUCAUA